GUGCAAGAGAAGCUCAGAGGAGCGAAUGCGUGCGUGGGGUCUGGUGGUGGCUCAGAGGCAGCCUCAGCUUUUUUCUCUUGCGGAGUGUCCCGCUGCUGUCGCUGGUGGUGCCGUGCUCGCGUGAAUGCGGAGGGCGAGAGUACUGGUUCUACAGGGCUAGCGUUUCUACCAUGCGCAUGAAACUAAAAGUGAACGAUUCAGUCUGCAGCCAGAGGAGGAGGAGGAGGAGACCAUUGCUAGGCAACAGGGUAGAAGAUUGCACCGGGGCUGGAUUCCGUGUGACGCAACAGAUGUGAUCAUGUUGGACGAUUGAUGCGCGUGUGCCGAUAUCUUCUCAGCUGCGAACGUCUUUCCGAUGGCAGGGCAGUUGAGUUUGGCCUUCGAUUGUCGUCUUCAAUGACAGUGUAAGAGACCUGCUUAGAUUCAUCGUCGACUUUGGCCUUCUUGCGACCGAUAAACCUCUUGACAGAGAAGAAGGUGUUCUCGGGAUGAAGAUUUAGUGGCUGACUGAGUGAAGGCAAGGACUUAAGCUUGCCGCCUUCCGAUUAUGGCCAUGCAGGCAGGGAUGGGGGCGAGCAAGGUCUUGAUCCUCGUUGGUGCUGGUGUUGGAGGCUCCAUAGUUUUGAGGAACAGCAAAAUCUCAGAUAUUUUGGCGGAUCUUUCAAGGGUAUUGUCCAAGCACUUACAAGAAGAUGGGGAUCGUCCAUCAGGCAGUGGAGGUGACAGCACAGAAGCUCUUACGGCUCAAGUUCGCCGCCUUACUAUGGAAUUAAGGCAGCUCGCGGCUUCUAAUCGGCCAAUCACUGUUGUCAACGGAAGCCCCAGUUCAGGAGGCAAUCUUGGCUCCCUUAUAGUGCCUGCUGCGGUUCUCGGUGUAGCUGGGUACGGCUACAUGUGGUUGAAGGGAUGGUCGUUUUCUGAUGUUAUGUAUGUCACGAGACGCAAUAUGUCGAACGCGGUCGCAAGCAUGUCCAAGCAGCUGGAGACUUUUUCUGCAGCUCUUGUGGCCACAAAGCGACAACUUACUUUGCGGCUGGACAAUGUAUCAAAGAGUCUAGAACACAAUACAGCACUAACGCACGCCAUCCAAGCACAGGUCGGUCAGGUUCGAGGAGAUGUAGCCCAGGUCGGUUUGGAAAUGAGAGAAGUUCAGCGGCAGAUUGAGGGAUUGGAGGGAAAAAUUGAUGAAGUUCAAGGGAAGCAGGACUUCACAAAUCAGGGAAUCGUUCUAUUGUGUCGAUUUGUGUUGCAAGGGUUGGAAGGCGGUGGACAGCCCGAGCUUUUGCAGGGUUUCCAUGCGUAUUCCAGGACAAGGUUGGAGCGCUCCACAUCUUCCUCUUUCGCUGCUUCGUCAGGUCUAAAGGAACUGCAACAUUUUUCUGAAAAGUUACUGAUUCAAACCGGAAGUCCUGGUGAUGCGAAUCCUACCAGCAACAGAUCAAGUCCAAAUUUACAAAGAUCUCUCACCACUACCGUGCUUGGGGGCAUUAUUCCCAGGCCGUAUGCAAAGACGUGACAGAUAGUUUCAAAGGAUGAAAAAACCACCUACAGACAUUUUUAUAGUCAAAUGACAUGGGUUUAGACAUUUCGUCAGACCUCAUCGACAGUGCAUGUGGAGACAACUCCAACUACUGGAUGUUAAGCUGAGAAUAUCUAGAAGGGGAAGGCAAUGAACCUUCCGAGAAGUAGUUACUGCGAAACAGCACCUGCUGAUGUGCAGUUCCCCCCUGAGCUCAUCCAUCGAUGUCAGAUUCCAUUCUCAUAAUUCCACAUAUUCCCGUUGUGGUCUGGCUUGAGCCUAGUAAAUACCACAUGUUCGUACUAGAAAGUUUACCACCGUAUACAUAUUUGAUGAGACUGUUGUGAAUGCUAACACCAACUAGAUUAGUUCGAGGGGUGUCAUCUUAGCUAUUGCAUCAACCCGCUUUUGGUUAGUGAUAAGGGUUGACAAAUAACUGCAGUAUCUGGAUGCCCUCUGGAAAAAUGAUUUUGGCGAAUUUUGGUAAAUGUUUGUGAGACUAAACAUCUUACUUCCUUC